AAGUUUUUGCAUAAGAGACAGACGCGGAAAGGACUCAUUUGGCGACGUGGACAGGACGACCACUCACCUGCUGAGAGGCGUUUGGCGAGGUCUCUACCUGUACUCCUCAGUCAGUCCGUGCAACUUCUUUAGAGAUGGCAUUUCUUGUUCUUUUGGCUGUCAUUGCGGGAUUGGCUGCCUCUUCAAGUGCUAGAGAGUACAGUUGUACUGUGGACGAUAACCUGUGUACUAGUAAUGGUGUACAGACCAUAAUCAUACAGAACGUGCGCAUGUGCUGUCCGCACGGGGCUACCUUCCAGCUCAACAACUCACAGUGCAUCUGUGUAGAGGACACCCGGGAAGAGCCGUGCCGGGAAGGGAUACAGAGCUGUCGAGACGCCAACAGCUUUUCCACCAACUCACGCGGCAUCGUGCGCUGCUGCAUGCCGGGAUACGCCAUCAACAGCGUCAGCAGCAGCUUCGUCAACGGUCACCUCGUUGACAUCUGCACGUGCACACGCACGGGUAGUGGCGGCUUCCUGUCCUCCUUCAUGGGAUUGGACAACACCGGUCAGGUGAUGAUCAGUUCCGGUAACGGCGGGGCUCAAGUCUAUCCUUCCGCCAGGGGCUCCACCGUCAACAUGACAGAAGUCCGCGAGAAGUGGCGCCAGAUGGGGGAAGGGUGGAAGCAGUGGGGCCAGCAGUUCGGGAACAACUUCCGCACGUGGGGGCAGAACUUCGCCAGAAGCAUGCACCACACCGGGCGAGAAUUGGCCCGCAGCCUGACGGGAACGUUGCACAAUACACUGCAGCGGACUCUGGGCUCUCUCUUCAAAUCCUUCUAGGGACAGCGACACUGUCUACAGUCUACAAUCCUGUCUACAAACUAGAGACAAUAGUGUAAUUUACAGUCUAUAAAUUGAAGACAACAUUCAAAUAUAUGCCAACAGUCUACAGCCUACAUCUUAUCUCUUUCUCUCUCACACACACACACAAAGCAGAAAAGAGGACAUCCUCAGCGAUGAGACACAUGGACACAUUCUAUCAUCAGAAAGAGUAACACAAGAAACUUUCUAUCUGUCAACACUCUGAUAAAACAUAUUGUAAAUCAUACAUGUAAAUGAUGCUUCUAGUCUGCACAAUCUGUUGGUGCUUUUUAUUAUUAGUGUUGUAGCUGCUGUUAUUGCCAUUAUUGGAGGGAAUGAAGCAAGAAUAAUAAUCUUAUUUUUUAAAAUACGUUCGUGACAAUGUGGGAUCUGCUAAAGUUUGAUGUAUCACUUUGAAGACCUAAUCUCUGAGUCUGCUUAAAGAUGUGGUUGUCAGCUUUAGGGAAAUGUAAAUAAUUAUAUACCUCUUUAAUUAUUCAUUACACUUAUUUUUUUAAUUGUUUCUCUCAUCUUCUCUUUGUAACCAAGUUGUCGGGGGGUGUGGUUAAAUGAUAAGAUUUUAUCCCACACGCUCAACCAGAUGCAGGAAGAGAGCAGUCCGAUGUCUUGUCCUUUAUUGAAAGGGUUUGGCUGCAUCCCUCUACAGCAAGUUUCAGCAUCCAGUCGUGAGCGGAAGCUGUCUGUCCCUCAUUCUGUCGUGUCGCUGAUCGAAUCUCCAGCACGUCUGUCAUCCGUUGGUUGGUUUAUUUAGUUGGAAAGUGGAAUUUUGCACUACGAGGAAGGGGAGGAAACCUUGAGAUGAUUUUUGCACUGUGGAGGAAAGAGAGAAGGAGAAAACCAAAGAAAACUGCUGACACCCAGCCCUCGGAUAUAGGUACAGAGAGUUGUGACGAGCGAAUGUUUUAACCACUACACUACCGGGCAUCUUAGCGUUUGUCGUCCCAUCAUAGCUCUGCCCUUGUAUACCCCGGGUAGUCCCUUCAAUCAGCACCUUUAGCCCUACCACCCAACACACUUUGUGGGGGCAAUUGAGCAUCUCCCGCCUAAAUAUAAUCCACCGCCGACCCUCCACAUCUCCACACGAAGUGAACAAGGAGCUCUGACUUGCACUAAGAUCUUAAACUUUUUUGUCUUUCUUCUCUGGCAUCUCACAUGGUUAGUUUGUUUGUCCACACCCACCUCUAACAACGACAUUUCUAAGAUAGGGUAAAGAAGGUUAAUUCGUUUGUAAUGAUCGCUGUACAUAUUCUCUGCCUGUAGCAACCCUUUGCUUUAUGCAGACUAUACCAGUCUUCAUGGAAUUUCGACCAAGACUUGCACUGAUAAAGCUUCUCUAUGAUGGACCCACCCACGCACGUUGGGACCAAAUCACUUACAUUUAAGUUGUAAAUGAAUAAUGUACAGAGAUUGCACAUGUUUACGUUGAAUAAAAAAUAAAUUUUAAUGUGUGA